GAAAUAGCAAUGUUAAAGUAGGCGAUAAGAAUACAAAAAUCUGCUUUGUAAACAUACAUAUUCAGCACAAAGCCAUGUCACUGUGAUGUCUUAAAUGCAGAUAUUUGUGGGUGUGGUUUGGUGCUUUGUAACCAUCAUAUAAGGAGUAGUAGCAGCAGAAAGACUCACAUCUUCACUUCAAAGGCACUCUGCACUCUAUAACCCAAACAUGGACAGCAAACACACCACCUUUGGACCCAUCAGAAGAAAUGACACAGAGCUGAGGAUAGUGAUGUUGGGGAAGACUGGCAUUGGGAAGAGUGCCACUGGAAACACCAUCCUGGGACGACGGUGCUUUGAAUCAAAGUUCAGUGCUAAGUCUAUGACUGUAUACUGUUCUAAGGGUGAAGCUGUGGUGCAUGGACAACAGGUUGCUGUUAUCGACACCCCGGGCCUGUUUGACACCAGGUUCGGCAUGGAUGAAACCACUAAAGAUAUGAGCAAGUGCAUCUCUUUUGCUGCUCCUGGACCCCAUGUCUUCCUGGUGGUCAUCAGGCUGGGAAGAUUCACAGAUGAGGAAAAGCAGACGGUGCAGAGGAUUCAAGAAAUCUUUGGCCAGGCUGCAGACAGAUACAGCAUGGUGCUCUUUACUCAUGGUGAUCUUCUUGAAGAUACCACUAUUGAGGAAUUCUUGGAUGAAAGUCCAGACCUGCAGGAACUCGUAGCCAGAUGUAACAACCAGUACCAUGUCUUCAAUAAUAAACUGAAGGAUGGUGCUCAGGUCAUUGAGCUGCUCCAGAAGAUCAGAAAUAUAUCCCAGAAGAACGGAGGAAGCCACUACACCAAUGAGAUGUUCCAAGAGGCCGAGAGAGCAAUCGAGGAGGAGAAACAACGCAUCCUCAAAGAGAAAGAAGAAAAACUACGCAGAGAGCAAGAAGAAGUGGAGAGGAAACUACAGGAAAAAUAUGAAAAAGAGAUGAAGAAAAUUAAUGACCAACUCCAGGCUGACAGAGAGAGGGAGAAGAAAGAGAGAGAGGAGGAGAGGAAGAGGGAGAAGGAGGAGAUGAGUGAGGAGAGGAAGAGGGAGAGGGAGGAGAGAGAGGCUGAGAGAAAGAGAGAGAGAGAGGAGAAAGAAAGGGAGAUGGAUAGACUAAAGGAACAUCAUGAAAGACAAGUUAAAGAGGAAAGAGAAAGAUUGAGGGAAAGCUAUGAAAGGUCAGCUAGACGUCAAGCUGAAACAAGUAAUCCAUUUUCUUGCAUAAUCCUUUAAUCAGUUCAGUGGAAUCAUCUUGUUCAUUGUUCAUUAACUCAGCGGAGUCAGAGAAGUUGUGAA